AUGCUUCUUGCUGACAAGUACGACGUUCCUUCUCUUACAAGCGAAAUCGUCAAGUAUUUAGAUGGAGAAAUGGAUCCAAGGAGUGCUUUUGAUCUCUUAACGUUAGCUCGCCAAUUUAAUGACGAAGGUCUCGAGCGGGCUUGCUGGGAGGUGAUUCAAUACAACGCCAUUGCAAUUGCUACAAGCGAUUCGUUUCUCAAUGUUAAAUACGAUUUGCUGUUCUCCUUUGUUCAACGAUCAUCGUUACGCAUCGCCGAGACAACGUUGUUCCAAGCUGUAGAUCGAUGGGCCGCCAAGAGGUGUGAAGAAGCAGGUGUGGUUGCCGAUGGAGAGAGAAAACGGGAUGUACUUGGAGAGGAUUUGUUGAGACAUUUUGCAUUUCCCCAAAUGCAGCCAAGAGAAUUUUCAGCGGUUGUGCUACCAAAGGAGAUCCUAACAAAGGAUGAGGUUAUUGACGUGUUCAGAUAUUUCAGCGACGUUCCAGUGAAAGGUGGAAUAAAAUUCAAAGCUCCUUCACGGAAUUCGAAGUCAAAGAAACCGCCGGGCAUUGCUCCCGUUCGUUGUUAUCCGAUGUUGGGCUUCACAAGAACGUUUAGAUUUAGUCCGUUCACAGACAUGAAGCUUACCUUUGCAGUGAGUGAAGGCGUAUUUUUAUGCGGUUUAGAAUUCCUUUUUGCCAACGAUGAUAAUCUACGAAGUAUCUGCCUAUCAGUUUUAUGCAGAGGCGAGAAAAUCAAAGAAUUAAAUGCACAACAUCGUGAUCAUUAUGACUGUAACUUAACCUACCCUAAAUCCUUCAACAAUCAAGGCACAAACGUGUUUUUUAAUAGGCCCAUUCGAGUGAGGGCUCGAACCCCGGGGGGGGUACUCCCUAAUAUGGGCUAUAUAGGUAUGUGCGGCCCCAAAGGGUAGGGUUUUUCAGCCGUUUUGGUCAUAAAUUGGGUAUCGAUUUUGGCUAUUUUGCCGCCAUUUUGGUCAUAAAUAGGGUAACGAUUUUUGCACUGUAGUCUUGAAUGCACUUUUUUAGAAGAAGCUACUUCCUUUGUAGGCUAGAAAAUACAAGCAACAAAAGCCCUUCACAAAAUAGGAUAUCAAAUUUUUGGUUAGGUCAUAAAUAGGGUAGGGAAAAUCGCAGAUUUUGGUCAUAAAUAGGGUAAGGGUUUUGGGAAGCGGGCCGCACACCCCUACCCAAUUUUUCUGCGAGUACCCCCCCCCCGGGGCCCGAACAUGUUAUACCAUUGUAGUAUUGGAAACGUCCAGUCGCUCAAAGGAGUGUUAUGUUCACGGGAGGAGUUCUACUAGAGAUUCGUCAGGUCAGAGUGAAAAGAGAUUAUCGUUUGACUAUUGUGGCGGCUGUUAUAUAGAAGAGGUUCCAAAAAGUGGCAAACCAUUUUCGGGGUUUAUUUCUGCAUUAUUGUAUACGAACGUCUGA